AUGGCCGCUACCGACACCGCCAGCGCCGCACGUCCUCCAGCAGCAGCACCAGAUGCUCCUCCUGCGUCUCGUCCGUCUGCUGCAGCUUCUACGGCACCCGCAGCGCCGCUCCCGCCGUCGCUAGAAGGCUCUGAGGAGCUCCGCCCCACGGCUUCGAACAACGUCGACACUGCGCGCCCGCUCGAGAAGGCGCGCGUGCCGCUGAAGCCGCAUUUCAAGCCCCGACUGCGUACUCCGCCUCGAAGACUGCGCAGCGGCAGCGGCAGCAAUACGAGUCCCAGUGGCGCUCCCCGCGAGUCGAUGGACGCCCGUGCGGUACCGAGUACCAAUUUGGGGAUCGUCGUGGGCACCAUGCGCCGUCGGAACCGCAUGGGCCCACGGACGAGCUCGAUCUCGGACGAUGAUCCGGAAGACGCGGUGCUGGCGCCGGCGCGGCGCACGCCGUCGUUGGCCCCUCGACGGAACAAGCGACAGCCGAGUUUACGCAACAUGGCGUCGCUCGUGCGCUCGCAUCUCUGCAGCUCGACGAGUCCCAGCGGGAGCUGCAAUGGAAGUGCAAGUGACAGGGCUGAGGACGCAGAUGGGGAGGGUCGAGACGCGGAGAAGCACGCUGUAGUCGACGCUGAUGCUGUUUCUGGUGCUACUACAACUAGUGACGGUGACGACACUGCUGCUGUUCACAAGAGGAGAGAGCUGGAGCGCAGCAACUCGUCGUUUGCAGGCGUGGCGAAGCGCGUGGUGACAACCAGACGUGCAGCGAAAGGGUUCUUGUCCUUGUGGACAAAAGAUUCUGCCGACACAGUGCACGUGUACCGCGGGAUCCACAUGGAAAAAAAGAAGCUCGAUCUAUUGGGUGUCGCGUCCGAGUACAAGGAGAUCAAGCGUCGGCAGUUUUACCAAGAGCUCGUGGUGUACUUUGUGUUCCUCACACUGCUCUUCUCGCUGCUGUCGUGGCUACCGGUGCGCGAUAGUUUCCACCAGAACGACGUCGUGGGGUCUCUCACUUGUCGAGAAGAGGGCGAGUGCGACAUCAAGACGUUUGCUGACAUCUACGACUUUGCCGGUAAACUCAGCGACAUUGUGUGUGACCGGAAAGAGGUUACAGCACAGUGGGUUCGUGUCGGUGGCGUCGGGUUUCGACAAGUACGCGUCAAGGAAGAGCGCUGUCGAGUGUACGACCGAUGGGAAGCGCCUUGCUACCCGUUUUACAGUCCUGAGGUGGAGCAGAAAGAUCGUUUGGUUGGAGAAAACGGCUCAGGACGUGCUUACGAGUGGAGAGACGGUCUCGGUGACUUGUCUCCUGAGGUGUACCAAUCCUCGAUCGACUGGCUGUUCUUCGCACCGGUUGAGUCGUACGGCACAGGUGGCUACGCAGUAGAUUUGUGCGGUCUGGACAACGUCAAUGAGCUUCGGCGUGACAACUUUCUGUCCGAACAUACGCGUGCAGCGGCGUUCAAGUUCGUUUUGCUAAACCCGCUGACUCGUGUGUUCACUAUUGGGAUGCACGUGAUCAAAGUCGAUCCGUCUGGUCACCUCGAUCACUACGUGCACAGUUCCCAUGUUCGAGUUAUUGGCCAUGAGAAGCCAAAGCAGUUGACGAACGAUGACUACGAGGACAACCACGCAUCGUCAGAGCCACGUCUUCUUUACCGGAUUCUGAGUGCCAUGGAUCGGUUCGUGUCGGUGGUGCAAGAAGCUGUUGACGCACGCAUCUUGCUUUGGGUCGCACUGGUUCUAUUCUUCAUCACGUACUGCAUCGGCGAGGCAACAGAGAUGAGCUCAAUGGGCGUAGCAACAUACUUGGGAUCGGACAUGUGGAAUCUGUUUGAGCUCACCCACUUGGCGGUACUAGCUGCAAUGUUGAGCUACAUGGUGCAUUACCGCAUAGCGUCCAGUACCUUUGCCGUGCACUUGGCAGACUUGCAGGAAGGCCGUGGCGUGGAAGAGCUUAGCCACUCUAGUUCGUUGGAGCUCUUGACCGGAUUCCAGCAGCUCUCGGACCUUGCAUCGCUGGGAUCUGCUAUCAGUUUGCUCAAGGUGUUCAAGUUUCUACGCAUGAACGCUACGCUGAACUUGCUCUGGCGUGUGCUGGGCAUGGCCAUGAGCGACCUCAUGGGCUUUCUGGUCAUUUUCAACCUGAUUUUUUUGGGGUACUCAGCCAUGGGCAGCUAUGCCUUUGGCUUUGCUCUGGAAGAGUACUCGACGAUCAGCAAGUCAUAUGGUACCUGUUUCCAGAUGCUGGCUGGCGAAAUGGACUACGCGCGACUGCGUCAAGCGAAUCCUCGUAUUGCACCGAUUUUCAUUGGCACUUUUGUGGUCUUGGUAUUUCAGAUCCUCGUCAACAUGUUUGUGGCGAUUCUGUCAGAGUACUACGAAGUCGCAAAGAACGAUGAGACUGGCAGUCAUGACGAUGUCGAGUACGAUGUGCUCGCGCGCAUUCGCAGCUUUGUGAGUGCCUGUUCCCCGACAGUUGUUGUGCCGAAAGACCAUGGUGUGAUUCGCCUCAUUCCGUGGCAGCAAGUACGUCUUAUCUCGACGAACCUUGUCGACCAAGAAGAGACCCGCCAGCGUGUGCGGAAGCUGUUCCGCGGUGCUGUGUGGCGCGUUGUCGCCCUUUUGCGCUUUGGCAUGAAGUUUGACCGCCGCAUCAAUUUCGGCGAUCGCAAGGCGCACGAUGGACUUGCACACAACAGCACUGGCAGCGGCUCCAGCAAUGACAGGGACGACCGGGAGCUGGUGUCGCACAUUCGGUUGUCUGAGAACUUUGACCACAAGACCAUCAAGGAGAUGAUACCGAUUGGCAUUACGAUCCGCCUCCAGACAGACUCCAUUCUUGGCGAAGGGCUUGCGCUGAAGGUUGUUCAUCAUAGCAAGCUGUCAGUGGAGUGCAUCGUUUUGGGACCCACGGAGACAGAGGGUGGUGGCAUUGGAGCGAGCUGGACCGAGAAGAUGAGUGGUGCGCCGAAAGCAGUCUCACUUUCUCGCUCUGACUCGUCGUCGGGUUCGUUUGAGUACGAUUCCGACGAUGGCGCCUCGCGCGUACGUGUGCUGGAGCUCAUGGGCGGCGAGAAGCUGCGAAUCCCGAGACGGCGGCUUGCGGUGCACUUGUGUCGCACGCUGUUGCAGGAGCUCAAGAUGGGUCUCUUGCGUGCAACAAAGCUGUGGAAGUACUCGAAGGACCACAUGGUGGACGACUAUCACCUCGGGCUGCUAUUCGAUCGAGUCCGUGAAGACGGCCGCACGAGCUUACGGCUUGAUGAGAUCUCGCGCAUGUUGGAUCUGUUCCUGCGCAAGGACAGACGCAAGGCCAUGUGCUCGCAAUCAGACGUGCAGCGCGAAGCCCUUCACGUGAUGUAUCGUUUCCGCAAGUGUCUGAUUGACAUGCCGUCUCGCGAAAAGGAAGGCCACAACUACCACCCGAAGCCCGUCGACACGUCCAAGGUGGAGCUAGGCCCGCUUGAGUAUCUCGGUGAUGUCCUGGCUCGCAAUUGCCACGACAUGUGGGCACUGGAACGUCUCAAGCAAGGCUGGCGAUACGGUAUUGAGCGCGACGACGAGAGCAAGAAGCAUCCGAACCUCGUUCCGUACAAGUUGCUGUCUGUGGAAGAACAAGCGUUCGACUACCGGUCGUCCAUUGAAACGAUCAAGACGAUUGUCCUCAUGAACUACACGAUCACGCGCUCGAGUCACCAGCGCUCUCUCAGCGGUUCUUUCCACGACUCUAUCUCCCGGUCAACGUCCAUGAUGUCCGACAUUGGUGAUGGCCUCGGCGGCAGCAACAGCUCAAUUGUUAGCUGUGGGUCUGACACGACGAGUCCACGCGCUCAGGACUCGGCUGUCUUUGAGGAGUUGGGCACUGCGUUUCACCCGGGCGCGCCAGCAAGAGCCGUGCCGUCUUUGCUGCGCGAAGCCAUGAGCUUCCGUCGCAACAGUCUGAUGAGCGACUCCCCGUACUUCACGACAUACGGAGAGGAUAACAUUGAAGUGUAUCGCCCGCUCCCCAUCGACACGACGACGGUGGAGCUACCGCCACGACUACUGCGUCUUGUGGACCUCUUGGCUGAAAACGCGCACGAGGUCUGGGCGAAGGGUCGGAUGGACGAAGGCUGGACUUUUGGCCCGCAGCGCGAUGACGGCACGAGGAAGCAUCCGUGCCUGGUGCCGUACGUGUUCCUUACGGACGACGAGAAAGAGUACGAUAUCAAUAUCGCCAAGGAGACCCUCAAGACGCUGAUUGCGAUGAAGUUUACGAUUGUGGAUCGCUCGAGCAAGUAUUGA